AUGGCUUCAAUUCGAAUACCAGCUAUCAGAAACCUCCUCUGCCGGCCUAUCCUGCCUGCCCGGCACGUCCAGCGACGAUGGGCGCAGGUUCACGAUGCCCGCUUCAUCACAACGCAUCAGUCCUCGCAGGUCCUCGAUAAAUACAAAGACAAGCUAGCUCGCAAGGCCAAAGAGGAGGGCCACGAUUCCGUAACCUCGCUCAAGGAAGCAUAUAAAGAGAAGAUCCAGGAAGUGCGCAGCGCCGACGCAGCACCUCAAACACCACCAACGACACCCUCCUCAUCACCAUCUGAACCAGCUGGACUGGAGAAGAAAGCUGCAGAAGCUAAAGCCAAGAAAACCUCCUCGUCUGCACCCGGCAUAAAGCCGCUAUCAUCAUACCUAGACCUCGAGAAGACCGCCGCCCUACCUCCUGACAUGAUUGGCAAGCUAUGGCGAGCAAGACACGUUACGAACCCGAACUCGAUAUGUGCCAGCAUUCCUAUCGAAACGUACAACCGCAUGGCGAGCGUUGCGCGACAGAACCCACAGUUCAUACUACCGUUGCCGCGCGAGCUGGAAACCCCCUCCGACCCAAACGCAGAGUCAAGCUCGGAAACAGCCGCUGAGAAAGCAAUUGGUGCUGAAAUGCAUUUUCUUCAAUGGGGGUUCCAUCCGCCUGCGUCGGCGAGUGAUUCAAAGGUUCCUACGCCGCUAAAUACGCAUAACACACAUACUUCGACGGUGAUAUUUACUUCGUUGGCGGAGUAUAAGUUGCACGCUGGCUUUGCGCCGCCACACACGGUGAUAACACACCAUCUGGACUUUGCUGAUGAUAAGGGGAUUGUGUUGAUGAAUGGUACCGUGGUGACGGAUAGGGGUAUGACGGUUGAUGACGCACAGCUGUUAGUGUUGUGGCUGCAGAAGUUUUAUGACUGGGAGGCCGAGGGUGCAGGCAGUCAGGGGGGAAGAAAGGGGGAGAUGCUGAGGAUGUUUACCAGUGGUGACACGGAAGGGUUUAAGGUGCAGGAACUUAUUGAUGAGGUGCAGAGAGUGUAA